GUAAACAAAACAACGCGCCGGCUGAUUGUGGCUGCUUAUCGGAUUUACACCAAUAAUUUGUUCCAUCUUGUUCCGUUCCCUUCGAACAAUGUCGGCCGUAAAGCUGGUUCAGUAUAUUGUCGUAAAUGGAGAAAUUGCCAAAACCUGGCCGAAAGGUGCACUUAUUGCACAGUGUUGCCAUGCGGUGGCUGCUGUUGGCCAUUUGUACGCUGCUGAUCCGGACACAGAAGAAUAUUUUAAGGACCUAGAUAAUAUGCAUAAAGUAGUGCUCGAGGCACCUGACACGGCUAAACUUGUUGGCCUGGGAGAAGUGUUGCAACAGAACGAGGUCAAACAUAAGGUGUGGAUAGAACAGCCCGAAAACCAACCAACAUGCAUUGCACUGAAACCAUACCCUAAAGAAGAGGUGCAAAAAUAUAUGAAGAAAUUCAAACUGCUUAGCUAAGGAACGACUGCAAAAGAAACGGUUUGUUAUAAAUUUUCGUGAUAUAGAUGACAUACAUUGUGCUACGCACUGGUUGUUGGUAUAUGCCAGUCCUUGGAAAUCCCCCGCAUGUUCUCCUUGAACCCUGCGUAAAAAAACAAUACGUCGUG